CACUGCUUGGCGAUAUGCUGCGGCGAGUGCAGUCGUGCCGUCGUCCUACUGCCACUGACAGUACUGUGCUAAUAGUUCUACGGUUAGUGCUAGGGCUAGGGCUAGUGUUGCCAAGGCUGCUGAGCGUGUCCUGUCAUCAUGGUCAUUGGCAUUGGGAUCGUCGUGACUUGUUUUCUUUGCUUUUGGUUCGUACGAAAGUCUCAGCUAGCAGCGUGUUACGACCAGCAGACCUGGCGAAGCGUUUAGUGGUUUCCUUCCCGGAGCGGCACGCACUAUCACUUGCAACGCCGGCAGACCAAUAGGGUCGCUUGCUACCUAGCGGCUAAGCCAAAUCUAGAGUUUUUAGUUGGUUUGAGGUUGCCAGUAGAACAUAUUUCGUGCGUGCAUGCACUCGUUGCUACGUUUAGGUUCUUGCCAGCCAACUCAGAGCCGCACCAAGCGCAACCUUUUCGAGGAGCGGUGGAGUCGCUCCAUCGAAAACAACGAGCACAAACUUGUAAGUAAACUGCUGUUGCUGUCGUCUUGUCCGAGGUAGAUCUACGCCGUGUUGUCUGUGGACACCACUCACCAGUGCCGGCCCCGUGCCAGUGCAGUACUUAGCUUUGAGGUGUCCUGCUGACUCUCGGCUGUGUUACCGUGCGCCAGACUCAGAGAAGUGUCCGAGACCCCGCGUUGUGCAUGCAGGGCAGGUUGGUUUCGCUCCAUUGCGCCCUGACCGAGAACGCUGAGCACACCUUUCUGGCCGUGCCUCCACUGCUCCAGCCGUCCAACGCAUUACGUGCAGGAUAGCACUCCCACUUCUAGUGUCGGAGACGGAGUGGACAUGAACGGACUGGCUUGUCUGUGAUGCUGCUGACGGCUGAUGGUGUAAUAAUUAGUGUUGUACUCAUUGAAUUGCCAGUGGUGUCCAGUUGAACAGCACCUGUUCAGGCAAUACGUAUGUACGUAUGUACAGACAGUACAUGCGGACUGUGGACUGUGUAGUCCCACUGAUCAUACUGUUACCACUAAGCUAGUAGUAGUACAAGCAAACAAGGCAGGGACAAGGCAGGGAGUAACUGAACAGUCACUGGUAUCACUGGCACUGAGUCACGCAGUCCUAAUGCCAUCGUGCCUGUGAGUACAAGGACAGUGUACCAUCGCUCACUGACAGAAACACAGAAGCGGAAAUCAGCACCAUCACCUUGCUGAGUAGUGUGUGAAUACAGCCAGUACUCAGUAGGUGAUUGUAUGAGAGUAUAGGUGUAGGGCAACGACGGGUGACGGUGGUGUCACGGGUAGUGGUCAGUAUAGCUGUACCAUAGCCAGCUUGAAGCCCUGUAGGCUGUAUCCGCAGGUGCUGGCGCUGGUGUUGCCCACGCAUACUUUCAUCUAACACUGAGUGUUGAGGUAGACGUGAGGGACACUGCAGGCUGUGCACGUGUGUGUAUGCCCUCUCUCUGCGCUCAGCACACACUCAGCAGUGUAUGUGUACAUGUAUAUCUGCUACAAGUAGGCGUGGCCAGCAGCAUAACAACUGCCGGCGCUCAUCUCUAGCAGGAGUCUUAAACACUGCUGCUACGCUGAGACAGUCGGAUAGUUCGGUCUCUCCGGCUCCUAGUCUCUCCUGCCCCCCCCCCCCCCCCCCCCCCCGUUCACUGUCAUAACAUGAUGUGUUGGCGCCUGUGAGCUGGUAGUAAUCAUCAACGGUCUAGGCUGGAGUACCUGCAUACUUACACUUCUAGCACUGGCAUCUGUACGGUAUCCGCUGAAGGCACGGAGUGAUGGAGAACUAUGAGAACCUUGGCCUUGUGGGAGAAGGCUCCUACGGUAUGGUGAUGAAAUGCCGGCACAAGCGAACCUCCCAGCUAGUCGCCAUCAAGAAGUUCAUCGAGAGUGAAGACGACCGGCAGGUGAAGAAGAUCGCCUUGCGUGAAGUGCGCAUGCUGAAGCAACUGCACCAUGAGAAUCUCGUCAAUCUCAUCGAGGUGUUCCGUCGCAAGAAGCGCCUGUUCCUGGUGUUUGAGUUUGUCGACCACACGGUCCUGGACGACCUGGAGCGCUGCCCGAACGGCUUGGAUGCCACGACGGUGAAGUGCUGCCUGUGGCAAGUGCUGAAGGGCAUUGACUUCUGCCAUUCACAUGCGAUAAUUCACAGGGAUAUAAAGCCGGAAAAUAUACUGGUGUCCAAGAAUGGUGUUGUCAAGCUGUGCGAUUUCGGUUUUGCCAGAAAGCUUGCUGGUCCUGGCGAAAUCUACACUGACUAUGUCGCAACUCGUUGGUAUCGAGCACCGGAACUACUCGUUGGGGACACCAAUUAUGGAAGAGCAGUAGACGUGUGGGCUGUGGGGUGCCUGGCUGCGGAGAUGAUGACGGGAGAGCCACUAUUCCCCGGCGACUCUGACAUUGACCAGCUCUACUUGAUUAUCAAAUGCCUUGGUAACCUUACCUCCCGCCAUCGCGAAAUCUUCAAUCGCAACGCCAUAUUCGCGGGAAUGCGGUUACCGGAAGUGCGUGCUCUGGAGCCCCUUGAGCGUCGCUAUCCUCGAUUGCCCAUUCCCAUGCUGGACUUGAUGAAGGGUUGUCUAAGAAUGGACACGACUGAGAGACCGUCUUGUGCCAAGCUACUGGAUCAUCACUAUUUCAGCAUGGACGGCUUCCAGGACAAGGUGCUGCAUGACCUGCAGGCGAGAAUACGAAAGGAGUUUGACGAGAAUCCGCUGCUGGUCGAGAUGGGCAUUGUGCCGCAGGGUGACAGCUUUAAGGGCCCAGGAAAGCAAGGUGAUGCUCCAGCCAGUAAGAAGGAGACAACAGGCGGCGGAGGCGGUGGCGGUGGUAGAAGCAAACGUGCUGCAGCAGCGGCAGUAGCAGGUGCCGGAGCAAUGGCGGCGGCAGCUGCUACGUCACAUGACACCUCAUCGAGCCUGCCGCCAACGCACGGGGCGUUUGCCGCAGCAGCAGCUGCGUCGUUCGAGUCACCACAGGUCCACCGAUCUCAUCAUGAUUCCGGUGCGGUAGCAGCCGCACCCGAAAAGAAGGUCAAAAAAGUGAAAAAGACGAAACACGGCAAGGAUAAGGAACGAGACAAGGAAAAGACAACAAAGGCAAAGUCUGAUGCCCGGCAGCCACUGGAUGACCGGCCAAGCAAGAAGCUCAUCUCGUCUGAAUUCUCCAUGGGCUCUAGCGGCUUGGGCAUGGGGGCUACUGGCGGCGGUAUGUCACUACCCGGAGGUAUUGCACAGCAGCAGCAGCAACAGCACUCCCAUCAGCAACUGCCGCCAGCACCUUUCCCCAACAAUCCCUUCAUGACUCACAACUCGCAUGGUCAGCCAACACAGACCGUGGUCGUACCACCGUUGCAGAGCUCAAUGAUGACGGCAAACAAAUCCAGAUUGUCUGGCAACCGAGCCGGUGAUGGUCGUAUUGACGUUGGCGACACGCAUCGCUUUCAGAUGAGCGGCUAUCCAUCAGCCAAGCGCCAGCCCAGCCUGACAUCGUCCUCUCCUGUGCCGGCGUAUAUGUCACAGGGCGAAACUAUCAUGACGCGAUCAUCCCAGGCGGCUGCAGCCUGCAACGCAAGUAUCGCCAGCACAGCGUCUGCUAAUGAUAUCAAUCUUGCUCUUCACGGAGAGUUUCCGCCCGACCCUGCCGGUGCGCUGCUGGGCUAUCAACGUCAGCUAGCUGGAGGUCCGCGAGGAGGACAUGGACCCCCCGGGGCAGGCGGCCGGACUACACCCAGUAGGGACAAGAUCAUCCUACCGCAGCUGUCUAAAGAUGAUAAACAUCGGCAUGGUGGCAGCGUCAACCAGCUUCACACAGUGGGCAGUGAGCAGCGUAUAGCCCUUGAUCCGGCUGCUGAUCCUUUCAAGUAUGGUGCUCCGUAUCGUGGACAGCCCCCUCCUGCAUCGCCGUCUCUCGGCUCCAGCAAUGGGAAAUUCAACUUCAUGUGACGGAAGUAGCAGCCGUGGACAGCAGGCCGUGUGCCUUCAUUGCAGUUGACAUAAGCACAGCGUACCCUCAGGGAGACCGACGAGCUUCAUUGCUGAUGGAUUGAACGUAUAGACAAUUAGACAUGCUUAUUUUCAAGGAGUGUGUCUGAUAAGAUAAGAAUUGAACUGUAGCAUUCGCCCCUUAGCCUGCAUUCUUACAACUCCCAUGAUUAUUUUCAAUCCGAAUACAGCCCAAGUAGCUUUCUUUCUUACCUGUAACUAUGCACCAUGCAUGCCACAUACAAUGUAUCUGCACUGCAGUCUGUGAAGCACUAUGCACAUGACUCAGCAGUCUGCAGUGAUAUGCUCACUCACUGUGUUACAUGCUUUGACUUGGACAGCGCUCGCCGUGAUCCGUCUGCUCCGUGUUUCCUGUGCUAGCUGAGUUCUAGGUGAGUUUUUUUUUCAGUCUUCUCCGCGCCAACUGUUCAGCCUGUCAUGGCGUGCGUGACCUACCAGCCAGGCAUGGCGUGCGUGACCUACCAGCCAGGCAUGGCGUGCGUGACCUACCAGCCAGGCAUGGCGUGCGUGACCUACCAGCCAGGCAUGGCGUGCGUGACCUAGCAGCCAGGCAUGGCGUGCGUGACCUACCAGCCAGGCAUGGCGUGCGUGACCUACCAGCCAGGCAUGGCGUGCGUGACCUACCAGCCAGGCAUGCAGCAGAUCUCACCGUACUGUGUGCUGUGUACCGGCUACGCGCACAGUGUCAAGAAUGACUUCUUUGAGUCGGCUUUACCACUUGAUUUUCUAUUGCUCAUGCCUGAAUUACCGAUCAUUGUAUGCAUAGCUAUGUACUAGUACUUGAUUUGAAUAAACAGUACGCACUGA